AUGACCAGCGAACAUAAUCACUCCACUUCUUUUCCGUUCAUCAAUAAGUCAAUAUUUAGAGACAAUCUUUCGGGAUGCCAUUUCCACUAUCAAACAAUAUUUAAAGGCAAAAUGGGUGAUGCUGAAGUUGGUGUGAUAAAUUAUAACAAUAAUGUUGAUGGGCUCAAAGAUCCUAAACCUUCCAUUUCUGUCACAAAUGGACAGAAAGCAUCAUUGAAUGGAGUGCCUUUUGGAACAAAACCUACUCCUGAAACUGUAACCCAAUCUCAUGUUGACACAACUAUCAACUAUGAAGACCUCAACAAAGUUGUUCCUGCAUCUUCCUAUAUAUCUUCAAAUUCAUUAGAACCCGUGAAACUCAGGAUUACUGACAAAGAGUAUGCGAAUAAUUCUCCUAAGUCCAUUCCAUAUUUAUUUCAUCAGGUUGUACAAAGAAUUCCAAAUGUUACAGCCAUGGUUGUAAAGAGAGAUGGUGCUUUGCUAAAAUGGUCCUAUACACAAUACUAUGAACAAGUCCUUAUUGUAGCUAAAGCUUUUAUUAAGUUGGGCUUGGAACCUGGGAAUGGUGUUGGUAUCCUGGGGUUCAAUGCACCUGAAUGGUUUUUAUCAAACUUGGGAGCCAUUUAUGCUGGUGGUGUUUCUGUUGGUAUUUAUACAACAAAUACUGCUGAUGCUUGUGCCUUUGUGGCUGAAGACAGCAAAGUUAACAUAAUGGUUGUGGAAAAUCAUCAACAAUUACAAAAAAUUCUUGAGGUCAAACAUAAACUGCCUUUGCUGAAAGCUAUUAUUGUAUAUUCUGGUGAAGUUGCUGUUAAACAGCCUAAUAUUUAUUCUUGGCAAGAAAUAAUGGAUAUUGGCCAGGAAGUACCCAUGUCAGCCGUCCAUGAAACAUUAAAACUCAUUGCCCCAAACAAAUGCUGCUUGGUUAUUUAUACUAGUGGCACCACUGGAAAUCCUAAAGGAGUAAUGAUGAGUCACGACAAUCUCACCUGGACAGCAAAUAGUGUCACAGAAUUAAUAACAACAAAUUUUGGCAAUGAGCAUAUUGUGAGUUACUUGCCCCUGAGUCAUGUGGCUGCUCAGUUGUUAGAUAUCUACUUGGCCAUUACUGUUGGUGCUACUGUGUAUUUUGCACAACCUGAUGCUCUUAAGGGUACUUUAGCACUCACAUUGCAAGAGGUUCAUCCGACAGUGUUCCUUGGAGUACCCAGAGUUUGGGAAAAGAUUGUGGAUGGUAUAAAAAAUGCAGGACGUCAAUCUGGCAGCUUAAAAAAAAAGAUUGCAGUUUGGGCAAAAGGUGUGGGCUUGAAAGGAAACUACAAUCGUAUGAAUGGCCUUCAGAGCCAUGGGAAAUUCCAGCGACGAGCAGGUAAACCUCUUCUAUGGCCAGUUGCCAAAGCUCUCGUAUUCAAGAAAGUGAGAGGACAAUUGGGUCUUGAUCGAUGUAGACUUGCAUUAAGUGCUGCUGCUCCUAUUAUGAAAGAAACCUUAGAGUUUAUGAUGAGUCUUGAUAUUCCUGUCUAUGAGACAUAUGGCAUGAGUGAAUCAACUGGACCCCAUACUGUCUCCACAUCAAAAAGGUUCAGGAUUACCAGUGUUGGUGUAGAUAUUCCAGGAAGUCAAACUCGUCUCCACUCUCCAGAUCAAGAUGGCAAUGGAGAGGUGUGCAUGUAUGGUCGGCAUAUAUUUAUGGGUUACUUGAAUGCCCCUGAGAAAACUAAAGAUGCUCUUGAUGAAGAAGGUUGGUUGCAUUCAGGAGAUAUUGGCAAAAAAGAGAAUGAAUUCCUUUAUAUCACAGGACGAAUUAAAGAGUUGAUAAUCACAGCUGGUGGUGAAAAUAUUGCCCCUUGUCCAAUUGAAGAAUCUGUAAAAGAAGAAUUGCCUAUCAUCAGCCAUUGUAUGUUGGUUGGAGACAAACGAAAGUUUCUUUCAAUACUCCUCACACUUAAGACUGAAAUUGAUUUGGAUACUCAAGUACCAAAGGAUGAAUUGACAAAAGCAACUAAAGAAUGGUGUCGCCGUGUCAACAGUCAAGCAAACACUGUACAAGACCUUUUGAAUGGAAAAGAUGAAAAUGUGGUGAAGGCCAUUGAGAAUGGAAUUGAAAAGGCGAACAAGAAAGCUGUUUCGAGAGCGGCAAAAGUGCAGAAAUGGGCCAUUUUGCCAGCAGAUUUUUCUAUACCUGGAGGUGAAUUAGGCCCAACUCUGAAAAUGAGACGACCUAUCAUUCAUAAGAUAAUGGAUAGACAUUCUACAAUUGAUAAAAAUGAUUAA